UUUCUCUCUUCUCAUUCUUUAAUCUUUUUUUUAUAUAAAAGUAGAUAUUUAUUUUUAUUUUUUAAGUAAUAUGAAGCGACAUGGGAAAAAAACGGUUACUACGAUCUUAGGUAGUGAUAUUAUGAAAAAGCAUUCACAGCAAAAAGCAAUAUCAACAACUACACAUACGACAACAAUAUCAGAUUCACCAUCAACAACAAUACCAAUGAAACCAUCAAAAGAAUAUCUUAAAGUGGCCAAUGAACCGUCUAUUCUUUUGAGAAGACCACGACGACAAAAGGAAAAACAACUAUUGAUCUUGGAUCUAAACGGUACCUUAGUAUCAAGAACGAAUCGACGAACUGGUAUGUAUGUACGACCUCAUAUGGACACUUUUCUAGAUUACAUCUUUCGUCAAUUUAUUGUGAUGGUAUGGUCCUCUGCACAGCGUGUAUCAGUGAAGCGUAUGUCACAUUUGUUUGGUUCUCGGAAAACUGAACUUCGUUAUUUGUUGGACCGUCGACAUUUUGGAUUGGAUUGGGCACAGUAUAACAGUGAUGUGGAAACAAUCAAGGAUUUGAACAAAUUAUGGAAUCAUGACAAAUGGUUGGAUCUCAGAAAGUACAGUGCUUACAAUACAAUUAUUAUCGAUGAUUCUCCUGCCAAGUCAGUACUUCAACCUUAUAACAGUAUUCAUAUAUCAACAUUCAACCACAACUCGACAGAGUUUUUGGAAAAAGGCGAUCAGGAAUUAUUAACAGUCAUGGAUUAUUUGAAACAACUUGAACAAGAAACAAAUAUUGCCAAUUAUAUCCAGCAUUCACCUUAUUCAUCAUCAUCAUCAUUAUCAACCAUGACACCAUCAUCCAAUAGAAUAUGUGAUUAUUAUCAUUUUGGAUCAAUCAAAAAUGGACCUAUCCGACAUGAUUUCUCCCAACCAGAUUUAGAAAAUAGAAACAAGUUUGUUGUAUUGUGAUGAUUGCGGUGUCUGAACAUUAUUUUUUCUUUUAUGAAAAGGGAAAAACGGAUCUCCUUUUUUUUUUUUUUUGUCUUCUUGAUCUAUUUGUG